AUGACCACCCCGCCGUCCCCCACCACGACAAUCAUCCCGGGGCCCCCAGCGUCCCAGGCGGCGACGGACAAGAAGGACGUCAUGGUCGAUGAUAACUUGCAGCGCGUCGAGUCUUCGGAUUCAGAGGUCCAGUUUACGAAGGAUUUCGGCUUUCUUCCUAUUCCAAAGCAUCUGCGUUACAAUCCUGCAAAACCACCGCAUUUUGGGCUGCCGUUGAAUAUAGCGUUUGGUUUUGCUAGUACAUUCAUUGUUGCAAAUCUGUAUUAUUGCCAACCCCUGUUAAUUCAGCUGUCGUUAGCUUUCAAUGUUACUUACGGGGAGGUAUCUAUAAUACCAACAGUAGUCCAAGCUGGCUAUGCAACAGGCUUGGUACUGAUAUCGCCACUCGGAGACCUCGUGCGUCGACGGCAGCUUAUACUGUGCAUCGUCGCAAUUUCCACAUCAUUGACCAUCGGAUUGGCAAUCACAAAUAAUCUCGUCGUCUUCGAGGUAUUAUCCUUUCUCGUAGGAGCAGUGACUGUCACCCCACAAAUCCUUGUCCCACUUGCAGCCGACCUCGCCCCCGAAAAACGACGUGCAUCUGCUAUCGCUAUGGUCCUAUCUGGGUUGCUUUUCGGCAUUCUCAUGGCUCGUGUUUUGGCUGGCGUUAUCGCAGAGUUCAGAUCAUGGAGGGUGGUGUACUAUUUCGCUAUUGGGGUCCAAACGUUGGUUUUGGUCGGUUCAUACUUGGUGCUUCCAGACUACCCAUCCAAGAACAACGAUCUUUCGUAUUUUAAAAUCCUCUGGACAAUGGGAAAGUUUGCGGUCACAGAGCCUAUCCUUAUCCAAGCAUGUCUUAUCAACUUGGGCUCGAGUGCAUGUUUCAGCAAUUUCUGGGUCACGCUGACCUUUUUAUUGGGCGGUCCCCCUUACAAUUACUCCACACUCGUAAUUGGUCUGUUUGGUUUGAUAGGUAUGGCUGGCGUAGCCAUGAGUCCUGUAGUGGGCCACGUUAUCGACCGACUUGUCCCUUGGUACGCGUCGUUGUUCGGAAUCAUGAUGCUCAUACUCUUCCAGAGUAUCCAGACGGGGGCGGGAGGUAUCAAUGUCGCCGCAGUCAUUAUCGCUACAUUCGGCUUGGACAUUUUCCGCCAGAUGCUCCAGGUAUCACUAACCACAGCUAUAUUUGGGAUUUCAGCUUCUGCUCGUGCAAGGCUCAACGCUGUGUCGAUUCUCUCGAUUUUCAUCGGUCAAGUCAUGGGAACGUCGGUUGGCACACACAUCUUCGUCAAAUUUGGCUGGCGCGCCAAUGCCGCCUUUGCCAUGGGACUCUAUGGGUGGCAAUUCUUCAUCCUGCUCAUCAGAGGACCGCAUUGUAAGCGAUACACCUGGUUUGGAUAUGAAGGCGGUUUAGAGGCGAGAAAGAGCGUUGUCAGAGAAAAAGAAAGACUAGAGCAAGAGGGAAAGGACACACAAGAUCGAUCCCAGCAGCCGCAAAAUAAGGACAUUCAAGAUGAAAAAAGUGCAUGA